AUGCUUAAAACCACUAUAAAUAUGAAACAUAAUAUUAACAUUGGUACUUAUCCAAAAUUACAAGCUUUUUUAAAGAGAAAAUCGACUGGAUUUAAAAGUAAAAAGUCCAAAGUUUUGACUUCAACCGAUAUAAAAAAAUGCAUAGACGAAGCUCCUAAUAUUCAAUACUUUGUAACUAAAGUAGUAUUGAUUUUUAGAAUAACUGGCGCAUAUAGAAGAGAAGAACUUCGUAAUAUUACUAUAAAGUAUAAAUGA